CAAAAGAGUCUCGAGUUUCUCUCAUGUCUGUUGCCUUAUCAAUAAUUUAUUACAGCUCACAGUCGAUUUUCAGACAUUGAACUUGAAAGAGUGAAAAAGAUUUUCGUUAUCAAGGAUGAAAGUUUUUAUUUUGGUUUUGUGUCUGGUGCCAGCGAUGCUGUGUGAUUAUGUUAAAAUUCCAAUACAGGAUUGUGGUGAAAAUUUUGAAGAUAUCCCAUGCACCAUCAGUGAAGUGUCAGUCGAUGAAUGUGAACUAGACAAUGACAAAUGUGAACUCAUCCGAGGUGAAGACUACCACAUGGAUGUCAAAUUCACACCAAACUUUGAAGGAAGUAACAUAACUCUCCUAGCAUAUGCACUUAUUGGCAGCGAUGCUCUCCCAUUUGAAGGAAUGAACCCUAAUGCCUGUGAUUUCAUGAAAUGUCCAGUUGAAAGUGGCAAACCACAAAGUUACAUCUUUAAUGUUAACAUUGGAGUUUUGAAGCCAAAAGGUAUUUUCACUACCCGCUGGUUAAUGAAACAAAACGGAGAGAAUCGAUGCUGCUUUGUGAAUAAAUUUAAGAUUUUGUAAAGAGAGUUAUAUGCUGAAUUAGAAAUAAAAAGAGAGAAAACCUCACAAAGGUUUUAUAGAAAACAUUUUUUUGGUUUAAAUAAAUGUUCAUGCUAG